AAAAAGCUUCUUUCAGUGGAUGAUUAUCUCCUCUCAAUGAAUCUCAGACACUACCACUUUACAACCGAUGUACAAUUUCUAAAACAACAAUUUGGUUCGACAUUUUAAAUGUAGUAUUGGGAUAUCGCGAAAAAGACACACUUCCCAGAGCUAUGUCAUUCAAUAUUGAAUACGCUAGAGAGCUUCGUGCAAUCUUCAAAAUUCUGGAAAUUUGCAUGGGACUGGCCCUAAUUGUCUCCAUUGCGGUAGUGAGUCACUAUCGUAUCACCGCAGUAGGCGGUUGGUUACUGUUUGUUACAACUGUCACAACGGCUACAUCGAUAUUCUUCUUUGUCCUUCACCUCUCUGGACUUAUUUUCAAGUGUUUGUGUCCAAUUACACUGAUUGAACUCAUUUGUAUUCUCGCUUGUUUCACGCUUGAUUUAGUUGCAAUGAUUGUAACAGCAGCAACUACUCAUGAAUCUGGAGCUGCAAUCGCUUCUGCUAUUUUAUUUGCAGUAGGCUUUGUAUUCUAUGGCAUAGAUGCAUUCAUUCUAUUUUCGUACUACCGACAAAAUGGGGGAUAUGUAAAUGAUCCUAAAACAAAGCAGCGACCCAAUGUGACGCCUAAAACUAAUCAGACAAUACCAACGAUACUGAUUUCAGCAGCAGACGCGACUUCCACAGAACUUACACCGACAACAACUACGACGACAAUGUCAAUGAAUGCAACGGCAACGCCAAAUCUAACCUCUGCAUAUUCUAAUAAUGCUUUUGAAAAAGAAUAAGUGGAAAACUCAAAAGAACCAAUAAUAUACUAUUUCUUGGUAUAAUUUGUCUUUCAAUUCAUCUACUCACGGUUUAUUAUGGCAGUAUGGGAACCCUGUUUUUUUACAUGGAAUUUCCUUCCUCUCUAACUCUAGUUCAGCAUCAUAGAAGAACAUAUUUUCUUACUAUUUGUAGCAUUAUAACUAAUUUAACAUCUACUGAAGCGUACUGAUAGUUCACUUAUUUUUUUACUGAUAUUCUAUCAAUUUUUAUUGUGAUAUGCAUUUUGUUUUUCGUUUUGGUUUUUCUAAUCAUGUCAAAAAUCCUGCUUUAUUCACCAGAUACCAUUUGUACGGGGUUUAAUUUUUAUCAUAAUAAUGAAACAC